AUGUCCGGCUCUGAAGUCCCAAUAGCCGAAAUGCACCAACCUGCACUAAGAACAGGACCGUUGUUAGGCCAUUUCUUCAACUGGGGUCUAUUUGGUGCAUUAACAGUCCAAGCAUACAUAUAUUACCUCGCCUUCCCCCACGACAGAUGGGUACCAAAAACUAUCGUCGCUGUAGCGUACACCCUCGAGUUCCUGCAGACUAUCCUCACGACACGGGAUGCCUUUCGAAAUUUCGGUACGGAGUGGGGCGAUACGGAUGAUCUGGACAAGGUCGGCUGGUUAUGGUUUAGCGGGCCGGUGAUGAGCUCUAUCAUCAGUGUUUCUGCCCAAACAUUCUUUGCCUGGCGGAUAUGGAUGUUUAGUGAAAAGUGGUGGCUACCUACACUUGUCGUCUUGCUGGCUAUCAUAGAAGGCAUUGCUGGCAUUUGGUCAGGUGUCUCCACCCAUUUCAUCGGAAUCAUUUCCAAGGUCCAGGAGCAUAACGAAAAGACAACCGCGGUCUGGCUGGGGGGAACCGCACUCUGUAAUGUGAUCAUUGCGGCAAGCAUGAUCUACUACCUCAACCGGUCAAAGAGCGGUUUCCGAUCCACCAGUGUUAUCCUCGCCAAAUUUGUCAGGAUAACGGUCGAAACGGGUGCCGUGUGUGCGACUUUUGCGAUCCUGGACUUGGCCUUCUUCCUUGCGUAUAAGCAUAACAACUAUCACCUCGCGCCUUCAAUAGCUCUCUCCAAAUUAUACUCCAACAGUCUCCUAGUGAUAUUCAAUGCCCGCAUACGCUUCGUCGGCGGAAGAGACAUCGGCAACGCAUCAGACGACUAUUCACUAUCAUUCACAACCACUUCAUUCAACGCCACCACAUCUGCCACCAUGCCUAUACACCGGCAUAGCAGAGCGCCACAUCACACCAUAUCCGUCUCCGCCCACGAAACGACCACAUCCGGGACAUCCCAAUCUAAUCUUGAUCUGGAGUUGGACAAUAAUACCGUCACCAAGUUCCGGAAUGAAAGCGAUGACCCACUAGCGGAAAAAGAACACACACACCCAGAAGCGUCACGACAUAGAAGAAGAAGUGCUGAGCUGUACCCAUGA